AUGGCUGAAAUGGAUGCUUCCUCGUGGAAACCCACGACAUUGGAAACGAAGCCGUUCUCCCUCGACAGCGGACACUAUACAGCCCUAGCCUUUGUCCUCGCCGUCUGCAUUACUUGUGCAGUACAGGCAUUCCUUGCCCGGCCACCUUCAGUACCAGACCGGGCCGUCCUCUACACAUCGGGUGUUCUUAUGGGCAAUCUGCUAGCGCGCUACUUUGACCGAUUGUACACGACCGUCCCAGAGAAAACAUUCCACCGCAUCAUCGAGUCCCAAACUCUUGAGGAUACAGCCCGGCUUUCUGUACCUAAGCGCUUUUUCUGGGCCCUGGAACUCUUCAGCGUCACGCGCGGUAUCGGCUGGAACUGGCGCGUCGCCGGCAUUCCCAAAUCCCCGGUGCCAACCACCAGAUUCCAAUUCGCUGCAGCCCAGCUCCUCAGAUGGACUGCUAUGUACGCGGGUCUACAUCUCGUCAACGUGACCUGUCAAGUCGUCUCGUCAAACCCAAACGCCAUCCCCUCGCUUCCAGGCAAUUUGCACAUCUACGCCCUGAUUGUGUGCGGCUUUGCCAUCACAAUAUACAGCCAUUUCGCUAUUCUAAUGCUCCCGCUCUCGGCUAUCUGUGUCGGCCUCCAAGUCGGCCCUCGCUCGUGGCAGGAUGUUGCCUCCUGGCCACCAAAUUUCGGUAGUGUUCGCGAAGCAUACAGCAUUCGCCGAUUCUGGGGGUACACUUGGCACCAGCAGCUACGACGACAGGCUGGUGCGCCUGGUGCAUAUCUUAUUAGCUUGAUGCCGGACAGUGUGACAACGUCUAAACGGACGUCUGUUAGACUGGCGAGACGGUACUCACUCCUCAUGAUGAGUUUUGUCAUCUCGGGGCUAAUUCAUGCGUGUGGAACCUACCAAGUGACACGAGCACUUGGCCUGCCUUUUUCGGAUGGCGGGGAGAUGAAGUAUUUUGUGUUACAGGGGAUGGCAAUCAUAGCAGAGGAUUUUGGUUGUUGGGUGUUGGGUAUUGACGAUCGGGGAACACAGCCUGGGGUGACGCGGCGAUGGAUGGGGUAUGCAAUCACUUUAUCUUGGUAUGUCUGGAGUCGAGUACAGCUGAAAGGUGUGCCGGUAGCUCUGGCGAUGGGGAUUGAGGAUGAGAGGGGGGACUUGUUUGCUGCAUUGGAGCUGGUUCGGCUGUCUGCUGUAGCGGUGCCGGGCAAUUUUGUGGCGAUGGCAUGGGAGAUGAUUUGGUGA